CGGAAGUUCUCAGCUGAUCGCCGCCAUGUUGGUAGAGGACCAUGCUGCAGUCAGUGAGAGCCGUGUGCUGUCUCCGCGGGGGUCGGUGUAUGAGUCAGACAGCCGGUGGAGUUCCCACUAGGGGGCAGCACUUCAUGGUGGUUGGGCUCGGCAAUCAUGGCAUGGCUGGCACCAGGCACAGUGUGGGCAUGACCGCCAUUAACCAGCUGGCGCGAAGGCUGAAUGUCGCUGAUCAGUGGAAGACAGACAGACGGAUAGGAGCGGAUCUCGUCACAGCCCAGCUGGAUGGCGCCAAUCUCAUCUUAAUAAAACCGCGCCACUUUAUGAACGUUAAUGGGACGAGUGUGUCCAGUGCAGCUGGAAAGUUCCGCCUGACUGCGGAGAAAAUCUAUCUGUUACACGAUGAGCUGGACAAACCUCUGGGGAAGGUGACGCUGAAACUCGGAGGAAGCGCAAGGGGCCACAACGGUGUCCGUUCCUGCAUAGACCACCUAAAAUCAGAUACGAUGAUCCGGCUCCUGAUCGGUAUCGGGCGCCCGGCUGACAAGUCUUCCGUCACCACGUAUGUGCUCGGGCGCUUUACCAGGAGCGAGCAGGAGCUGCUGUCCUCGGUUCUGGAGAAAGGUCUGGACUUGUUACUUGGACACAUCCAAAAAAGGACUCGGGACACUGCUAGUGCUACGGCAACACCUGGGCCAGUGGAGAGCAGGAUGCCGUCCAUCGUCAUUUAGCCAUUAGGAGGCCAUUGCUGGUCGACGUGGAAGAGAUUCCUGGUAACGCUUUUUGUUUUGGAAGUUUCCCAUCUUGGCUUAGUGUAAGCAGGUCCUGGAAGUACACAAAGAAACGG